AACCGGAAAGCUUCUAUCAGUUUUUCUUAUUUUGGGGUCAACGCCUCUGUUUUUGAGUAUAAUGUUUGUCCUAACACUCAAAAACUUAUAACAAAAUGGGUUCUUGGAUACUCAGGUUGCUGCUUCCGCAACUUCUGCUUGUGUUGUUGAUUCAGCAUGCUGAUUCAAGCUCUAUCAUCAAACAUCUCCCUGGCUUUGAAGGUCCUCUCCCUUUUGAGCUUGAAACCGGGUACAUUGGUGUUGGAGAGGCAGAGGAAGAUCAAAUGUUCUACUACUUCAUCAAAUCCGAGAGCAAUCCAAAAGAAGACCCUCUUCUUGUCUGGUUAACAGGAGGACCUGGCUGCUCUUCUUUCUCUGGCCUUGUUUAUGAGAAUGGACCUCUUGCUUUCAAGGUUGAGGCCUACAAUGGAAGUAUCCCUUCUUUGGUCUCUACUACAUAUUCAUGGACUAAGGUGGCGAAUAUAAUCUAUUUGGACCAGCCCGUUGGGACUGGCUUCUCCUACUCAAGAAACCCACUUGCUGAUAUACCAAGUGACACUGGAUCAGCUAAGCGGGUCGAUGAGUUUCUUCGUAAGAUUUUGUUCUUGUUGUUGGUGAUUGUUGUGCAGUGGCUAGCCAAGCAUCCUGAGUAUUUCUCAAAUCCUUUCUAUGUCACCGGAAACUCUUAUUCCGAGUUACUUUACCAAUUUAUCACAGGAAACUAUUUAUGCUGCGAACCUCAAAUAAAUCUUCAGGGCUAUAUGCUCGGAAACCCUUUAACAGACAUUGAUCUUGAUUUUAACACUCGCAUUCCAUUUGCUCAUGGAAUGGCACUUAUCUCUGAUGAACUCUAUGAGUCGCUGAAGAGAAGCUGUGGAGGAAAUUAUUUUAAAGUGGAUCCUAUUAACACAGAAUGCUUGAAACUUGUUGAAGAAUACAAGAAAUGUGUGUCUAGAAUAUAUGAAGAACUAGUUCUGGAAUCAAAUUGUGACACUACAUCUCCUGAUUGCUAUACGUAUCGGUAUUUGCUGUCCGAAUAUUGGGCUAAUAACGAGAUUGUACGCAGAGCACUUAAUGUGGUGAAGGGCACUACAGGGAAAUGGGAACGAUGUAACUUUAACGUGCUGUGCAAAAAAGACAUUAAAAGUAGCAUACCAUACCAUAUGAACAACAGCAUCAAAGGCUAUCGGUCUCUCAUCCUUAGUGGUGAUCACGAUAUGACAAUCCCUUUCGUUUCAACUCAAGACUGGAUAAGGUCUCUAAACUUUUCCAUUAUUGAGAAAUGGAGACCAUGGAUGGUAGUAGAUCGAGUCGCUGGAUUCACCAAGACUUAUGCAAAUAAGAUGACAUUUGCCACUGUGAAAGGAGGCGGGCACACAUUAGAGUAUAAACCAGAGGAGAACUCAAUUCUGUUCAAGAGGUGGAUAAGUGGCCAACCUCUUUAAACACAGAAACCUUAAUCUUGGAGACUUGAAAUUAUCUGAUUAAUCUCUUGAAGCCGAAAUGAUUUGUUUUGCUGAUUCAUAGAGAGUAUUUUGUUAUUUAUUGUUUUCAUUAAUGUUUUUGUUUUCGUUUGGACUGUUUAUUCAAUUAGAUAUCAUUAACGUUUGGCAUAAAAUUAUUAAAAAUUAUUCCAAGUUUCA